AAAAAGCACAAUAUAUAAAUGGAUGAAAACUGAGAAUCAUAAGCUGAGCAAUCAGUUGGAAUUAUAACGAGUCCACAUGCUUACUUUAUAGCCAGAAUAGCAAUGCUCUGCUCUCCUCUGCUCCAUCUCUCUCCUCUGCUAAUUCGCCAAUUCCCACGCCAAACCUUAGUUUCCAAACUCCCAUCCCAAUCCCCAUUCGAAUUCCUUCAUUUUUCACAACACCUAUCUCGUCAGCACAAUUCAAACCAAAGGAAUUCUGGGUCGCGCAGAAUUGUUCUUGGUCAGUUUAGUUCGCAUUCAUCGCUCUCAUAUUCAGCUGAUGAAGAUUUUGAUGUUGAAUUGGGACGUCUGUUGGCUUUAUUACCGGAAGAGAUGCGGCAGAUAGUUAGCGAGCACGAAGAGCUCCACCAGUUGAUUGAAGUGGUUAUGGAUUUGGGUCGAAAGCCAUUGGCUCGGUUUCCGUCAGGGGAUUUUGUUUUAGCAGAUCGUCUGAUUACUACAGAGGAUAUCAAUCAUGCCACUUCUCAGGUUGGUGAUUUUGCUAUAGAUAAUCGAGCCGGAAUUAGCAGAACUUUACACCGAAUUAGUGCCAUCAGAAAUCGAAAAGGUGUGAUUAUUGGUUUAACUUGUCGUGUUGGUCGAGCAGUAUCAGGAAGUGCCAUCUUGUUGCGAGAUUUGGUUAAAGAUGGGGCUUCUUUGUUGCUUAUUGGGCCUCCAGGAGUAGGAAAAACUACAAUCAUCAGGGAUAUAGCUCGAAUGCUUGCAAAUGAUUAUAAGAAACGUGUCAUGAUUGUUGACACAUCAAAUGAAAUUGGUGGGGAUGGAGAUAUACCCCAUGCAGGAAUAGGUAAUGCUCGCCGGAUGCAAGUCCCUCACUCUGACGUUCAACACAAGGUGUUGAUAGAAGCAGUUGAAAAUCACAUGCCACAAGUGAUUGUAAUUGAUGAAAUUGGGACAAAACUUGAAGCAAUGGCUGCAAGCACAAUUGCACAACGUGGAAUUCAGCUAGUUGCCACUGCUCAUGGAGUAACAAUAGAGAAUUUGGUAAUGAAUCCUUCACUAGAGAUGCUUGUUGGAGGUAUACAGAGUGUAACACUGGGGGACGAAGAGGCAAACCGGAGGGGUGUUCAGAAGACAGUGCUAGAGAGGAAAGGACCCUCAACUUUUAGUUGUGGGGUGGAGAUAAUUUCAAAAACUGAGCUGCGAGUUCAUCAUAGUUUAGAAGCAACAGUUGAUGCUGUUCUUUCUGGUCGAUUUCCAAUGUUUGAAGUAUGCAAGAUUCAUCAGGGUCCGGAAGCUAAAGAUGUUGAAAGAAUAUUAUCCGAUUCAUUUGACAAGAAGAAUGGACUCAUGCUUGAAGAUACUCUACAUGUGAAUUCUGAUAUAACCGGCCAUAAUGAAAUCAUUUCUGAAUUACCUCCUAGCACUGAUGAAGAUUCUUGUGAAGAUGAGGCACCCCUUUGCCUAUUUCUCUAUGGGAUUUCAGAGGCAAGUGUGGUACAAGGGAUUAAACAGCUGAAGAUAGAUGAUGCAGUUGAAUUUACUGAUAAUAUCAGUGAAGCAGAUGCACUACUUGGAUUGCAGUCCAAGUUGAAGAAGAAUUCUCGGAUUCAAGCUGCUGCUAGAUCUUGUGGCAUCCCUAUUUAUGUGACGAAGACGAACUCAUUGGCACAGUUAACAAAGGCCAUACAGGCAUUGAUGACUGAUUAUGCUGAUGGCUUUGAGUUUUUUGAAUCUGGAGCCAAGAUGAAUAUGUCAGAGAAGAUGGAUGCCUUGGAGGAAGCGAGGAUAGCCGUUGAGCAAAUAGUAAUUCCUAAAGGAGAACCUGUGGAGCUACUCCCUAGGCCCUCCAACAUCAUACUGCUUCAGAAGGAUCUCAUUCGGAAAUACAAUCUACAAUCGGAAAGAGUUGGUUCAGAAUCAGAUAUACGGCUGCGUAUCCUUCCAUUUCAAAGUAUGGAGGAUGAAGACACACAAACUAGUGAAAGAACUGAGGCUGACAAUGAGUUUGAUGAGUUAUUUAAUGUUAAUGCUGAAGCAAAUGGUUCACCUAAUACCCUGGAAAAAUUGCCUUUCCUUCCUGACUAGGCAUCAGAAUGGUGUAUAAUGUUUCAUUCCUUACUUGAUCUUGUUAAUCUGGUUGGGUCUUUAACCUUUUCUUCCACAAGCCUCUCAUAUGUGUACCAUUUUCGUGAAAAACACACACAUACGAGGACAUUGAUGUUGCAUUCCCUCAUCUUUUCUUU